AGUAUAAAUAGAGGAGAGGAUGAGAUGUUGGAAUCACUCCUACCACGGAUACCCAGUAAAGAGCUGUCUGCUUCACUUGGAUUUGUUUGACGUGAACGGAACCAGACUAAUUAUUCACCAUGUGUGACGAGGAUGUUGCCGCUUUGGUCGUAGACAAUGGCUCCGGUAUGUGCAAGGCCGGUUUCGCCGGAGACGAUGCCCCAAGAGCUGUCUUCCCAUCCAUUGUAGGAAGACCACGUCAUCAGGGUGUGAUGGUAGGUAUGGGACAGAAGGACAGCUACGUAGGAGAUGAAGCCCAGAGCAAGAGAGGUAUCCUGACCCUUAAGUACCCCAUCGAACACGGUAUCGUCACUAACUGGGACGAUAUGGAGAAGAUCUGGCAUCACACCUUCUACAAUGAACUCCGUGUGGCACCAGAAGAGCACCCCGUGCUCCUGACUGAAGCCCCCCUCAACCCCAAAGCCAACAGAGAAAAGAUGACACAGAUCAUGUUCGAGACCUUCAAUUCCCCAGCCAUGUACGUCGCCAUCCAGGCUGUACUCUCCCUCUACGCCUCUGGACGUACCACCGGUAUUGUCUUCGAUACCGGAGAUGGUGUCUCCCACACCGUCCCAAUCUACGAAGGUUACGCCCUCCCCCACGCCAUCCUCCGUCUGGACUUGGCCGGUCGUGACUUGACCGAUUACUUGAUGAAGAUCCUGACCGAGCGUGGAUACUCUUUCACAACCACAGCCGAGCGUGAAAUCGUGCGUGACAUCAAGGAGAAACUUUGCUACACCGCUCUGGACUUCGAGCAGGAGAUGCAGACCGCUUCAUCCAGCUCCUCCCUGGAGAAGAGCUACGAGCUUCCCGACGGUCAGGUCAUCACCAUCGGCAACGAGCGCUUCAGGUGCCCAGAAACCCUCUUCCAGCCCGCUUUCAUUGGAAUGGAAUCUGCCGGUAUCCAUGAAACCACCUAUAACAGCAUCAUGAAGUGUGACAUUGACAUCCGUAAGGAUCUGUACGCCAACACUGUCCUCUCCGGAGGCACCAGCAUGUACCCAGGUAUUGCCGACCGUAUGCAGAAGGAAAUCCAGGCCCUUGCCCCACCCACAAUGAAGAUCAAGAUCAUCGCUCCACCAGAGAGGAAAUACUCCGUAUGGAUCGGUGGCUCCAUCCUUGCCUCCCUGUCCACCUUCCAACAGAUGUGGAUCAGCAAGCAGGAAUACGACGAGUCUGGCCCCAGCAUCGUCCACCGCAAAUGCUUCUAAAUUAUUCGCCGGAAAAAAUCAGACUGUAUUUUUUUUCCUUCAAUUAUUGCAUUUUUUUGUUGGUUUCAUCACAAGCGUUGACAUCAUGGAAGAAGCCGAAUGAGUUCGCCAUGGAUUAUUAUUAUUAAGAUAUUAUUUAUUUGUUCUCAAAUUCUACUACUAAAAUAUUUCAAAACAGUGCAAUUGUGGUCAAACUGAAUGAAGUUGUCACAGCAGGCCAACCAUGUGCAAAAAGGAGAAGAGGAAACAAAAAAACUACGAUACUCUCAGCCUUGAGUCAUUCAAACUGAAAUUAUCCCUUUUUUUGGAGACGCCGUUUUUUAUUUUUAGGUCUUUGUUUUGCAAAAGAAAAUUAAGAACGGGCUUCGGUCUAAUGAGAGAAGUUAAUUCACUGAUUGUCUUGAGUGUUUUUGAUGGAUUGGUCGUGAAAUAAAAAAGCACGACGUAAGAUCAAGCGAGCAAACUAAGAUGCAUACUUUUUUUUUCAUUUUGCGAACCCGAUAAAACAGCUUCAAAAACAACAACAAUAAAAUCUCGAAAAUCCAACUAGAAAAAAAAUAAAGAUAGAGCUAGAUUUAUUGAUAGAAAUAGAGACAAUGUAAGAGCGAAAGCUGAAUGGGCUGGAAGAUCUAUAAUUUAUUCAAAGCAGAUACAUUUUGUAUUCUGGUCCAUGCGACUGACGAUAGAGGGCGGGACACAAGUUGCAAUAUCAUGAACUGUAGCGAUAUAGUGAUCAAAUGUAGCUUUUGUCACAAAACAAAAACGAAGUUUAACAUUGAAAUGUUUUAAUUAAAAAGUGAAUUUUGACAAUUCGAUGACCGCUGUUUGAAUGAACCAUUCAGUGCCAUCAGAUUGGUUACGGUGGAGAAAAUAAAACAAGGUAUUUUGUAGUUUAAAA